UUGAUGUAAAUCUUCAGUCCACAUUGGAGAGUAUUCAUGAUCGAAACAUAACACAAUACAACUCGACGUGCAACUCGACGUGCAACACAUUUUCAUCACUUCAGGAUGAAACAAGAAUAUCAGGACCUUAUUCUGCAGGAGUGUGGUGCAAAGGCUCUGCGUGUUGGUGACAAAAUCCAGACGCUGUGGAGCGGCUAUGGCCAGAUUGUGAGGGUCCAUUUAGAUGGCUGUGACCGCCCCUCUGUCGUUGUCAAACAUGUCAUGUUCCCAAAGGAGGCCGAGCACCCUGGAGGCUGGAACACAGACCUGUCUCACAUGCGCAAGGUGAGGUCCUACCAAGUUGAGACGCACUGGUACCAGAACUUCUCCACCAAUGAUGGCUGUCGAAUGCCAGCCUGUCUGGCUGCUUGUUCAUACGGGGACGAACAGCUGAUCGUUCUGGAGGACCUGGAUGUGGUGGGCUUUGACCAGAGAAGAACCAGCGUUAGGGAUGCAGAGAUGAGGGCCUGCCUCAGCUGGCUGGCCCACUUCCAUGGCCUCUUCCUGGGGGUGGUGCCAGAGGGGCUGUGGCCUAUAGGUACCUAUUGGCACCUGGAAACACGCCCUGACGAGCUGAAUGCCAUGGAUGACGCCCAGCUCAAAGCAACUGCCGGGGAGAUUGACAGGGUCCUCAAUGAAUGCCGCUUCAAGACCAUCGUUCACGGAGAUGCCAAACUAGCCAACUUCUGCUUCUCUGGGAGUGGGCAGGGUGUGGCGGCAGUGGACUUUCAGUACGUGGGCGGAGGCUGUGGGAUGAAGGAUGUUGUCUACCUCCUGGAGGAAAUAGAGGAGAAACAGCUUGAAAAGAGGGUUCCCGGCCUGCUGGACUACUACUUCACAGAACUGAGAGCAUCAGUGACCAAGCAGGUGGACUUUGCUGCUCUGGAGAAAGAGUGGAGGGAGAUGUUUGCCUUUGCCUGGACAGACUUCCAUCGCUUUCUCCUGGGAUGGAUGCCAGGACACCGGAAGAUCAACAGAUACACUAAGCAGCUGACUAAAGAGGUGCUGAGGAAACUGAAACGGUGACUUAAGCCUCUGCCAUUUAGGCUCAUCAAUCACCUGCUGAUUGGACUGGGUUGUAUUGAGGGAUGUAGAUCAGAAAAACUGAUUUGCUGUGUGUUGUUGGGAGGAGAGCAGAAGAUUGAUUUAUUAGGCAGACUUUGAGCUAGAUUAUUGGUAUACAAUCAAACAAUGCACUGAAAAAGUUUUCCUUACAAGCUAGAAUGUUUAAAAUUACAUUUAAACUUACUUUAGCGGUUGUCUGUGCGGCUGCUUCUUCAGCUGCUCAAAAUUUGAGACAAUAUUCACUGAAAGUUGUUUACCCGACUAUUUAGGGCACAGGCACUGAAGUAUACAUUUCUAUCACCCAUAUGCACAAAACCAUGUAAACACCCGUUAGUAUGCAUCACGUGUGUGUACUUUAAUCGGUUUAAUAAUACUUUCCUGUGGAUAUGUACAACAUCAAAAAAUGGCCAGUUGAUGGACCAACACCACGGACAAUCGGCAGUUCAAAUAUCAUUUUAGUCAAUAUUUGACAGACAAGGGACGUUUAGUUUUUUUUCUAUGUAAGUGUGUAUGACGUUGCCUACACAAUUUAAGGAAUUGCCACGUUUCGUGACUAAGCUGCAAUUUAAUAUCUGCAGAUAGACUAAUAAAGCACUUAAUUCCCACCUUGCAGUGUUUUGGUUCUGCAUAGCUUGUAAGAAUUUGAGAACUUUUAACCAUCUUUUCCAUUGUAUCCAUAUUAUUUACCACAAAGAAUGACACAUUCACAAUGCUUUCUCUAUGGAGACAAGUUAACGAAAACAGACAACCAAAAUGUAGUACCACAGUCUAUGGAGACAAGUUAACGAAAACAUUUCUCUUUCCUUUAUCUGCACGGAUGUAAAAUAUGUGCUGGAUAGUUGAAGGCAUUUCCCUGAUAGCGACCCACAAUAGUACUUUCACCUAUUUGAAAUUUUCAUAUCAGUGCAGAUGAGAUGGAGUCAGAUCCAGCCAAAAUAACUGUAGUUAACGACAUAUUGUAAUCAGCGGUAGCACACGAGAUCCCUUAAAGACACCCCACUUCGAUUCAGCUAUGACCAAAAGUGACUUUUCGUAGCAGGUUAGGAGAGGAUUUUCCCUAACCCUUUUCCUAACCUUAACCUAAUUCUCCUAACCUAGUAAGUUUAGGGAAAGGGUUAGUGAAAAUGCUCUCCUAACCUGCAUCGAAGUGGCGCGUUUUUAGGGAGUCCAAGUGUUUCCCACUGCAGAAGAGUUGACAUAUGCCACACCCCCUUUGGAUCAGCUGUUGUAUAGAGCACAAUAGUAAUGGCGUCUUUUUAUAGGCACCAACUCCGGCAUGGCUCGUUGGCCAAAGCCUAUGGGGAAAUUAAAGUUAUUUUUUUAGAUAAACAGUGAAAAAGUAUCGUAAACACAGGCUUAGAUUUUACACGUUUUAUUCUAUGAGAUCAUGUUCAUCCGAUAACGUCACGUUUUGAACUUUGAAGCAGUCAUGUAAUCACAACAAGCACAAAAGGCAUUCAUUAAGGUCAUGUUAACUGACUAUCUCAGAACAAAAACGUGUAAGAUCUCCUUAGCCUGUGUUAAUCUAUAUUCGAGUGACCACUAACAAUGAAAAUACAUGUUCUCAAAGAUGGAAGGCAGGUGGGAGGAGGC